GGAGCGCGCAGGGAGCGCGCAGGGAACGCGCAGGGAGCGCGCAGGGAGAGCGCAGGGAGAGCGCAGGGGCGCGGGCAGCGCUGCCGGCCCCGCGCCCGGCCCCGCCGGCCGCCCCGCGCCGCCGAUGCUGUCGGUGCCGGUGCCGGUGGCGGGCGCGGGGGCGGCGCGGGGCGCGGGCUCCCUGCCCCGCCGGCGCACCAUGUGCAGCGGUGUCGGCUGCUUCUGGGCGCUGCUCUCCGCCGGCCUCCUGACCGCCUGUGCCGCCGCCUUCCUCUCGCCGGCCUGGCUGCUGCCUCCCGGCCGCGCCGCCGCCGGUUUCGGCUUGCUCUGGCGCUGCGCCGGGCCGCCCCGUGGCUGCCACGGCUCCGCCGGUCCCGGCGGCUUCGGAGACAUCCCCUCCGGUUCCUGGCAGACGAGUGCUGUGCUGUGUGCGGGUGGCUGUGCCCUGCUGGCCCUCAGCUCCCUGCUGGCCAUCGUUGCUGUCCUGCUGCCCGGCGGAGCCUGCGAGCGCCGAGUCUGCACCCUGGCUGGCUACAUACAGACAGCAGCAGUGUUCAUAAUGGCUUCUGGGCUUUUGGUUUACCCUUUUGGUUUCAACUCUGCUACUGUGAAGAGAUUCUGUGAGAACUCAGACAUCUACUAUGCAGGAGACUGCCAGAUUGGAUGGGGGUACAUGCUGGCAAUUGUUGGGGUCAUGUUGUCUGUCUUUUUACCAUUCUUUGCAAAAUAUGCACCAAAAGAGUACAUAUCUCCAACUCCAAUACCUACUAUUUUAUAGUAUUUUAUUACUGUUCAAGAACAGAACAUUCCUGUCUACAGUAAUGGGCAGAAAUUAUUAAAGCACUUCCAGCUGGCUGUGUUGCUAAAGAGAGGAGAGGAGACGGGGAAGAGAAGGUCAGAUUGACAAAGACCAAAAGUGCAUUGAAAGUCUUCCGUAAACGCGAGCAGCGAACACUCUGGAAUUGAAAUAGGAUUAAUCAGCAGCCUUUACACUGCUCUAAACAGAUAAUGGCAUACUGCCUUAGACAAAAAAAUAUAUCAGUUUAUCCUCAAAACAUCUGUCUACCUCCCAGUUUCUUUUGUGUCUCAAAACUGAGUCUUAAAAGCUUCAAUUCACUUUUGAUAUAUUGUGAAAUGUCAGAACUUUUAUGAACCCAGUAACUUUAAAAUCAAUAAUAUUUGUUACCAUUAUUUUCAUUAGUGAAAGAAGCACCUACUAGUAGCCACAGCCUAAAAUUAAGAUUGAUAGCUAAAAAGAGUUGUAUACAAGAAAAAAAGUUUCUUUUUAAUCUAUAUAAAUCUAUUAGCAACACCUGCAUAUUGUAAAUUCUGGGCACAGAUUUUACUUCUGCUCUAAUUGCCAAGAUAUAGAGAGAUCUUCACAGUCUUAGGUAAAAUUGAAAUUUCUUUUUUUGUGAGAGCUCCAACUACUUCCAAAAGCUCCAUGAUGAUUUAAUACUUUAACAACAGGAAAAAAAAAAAUCCUAAGAAUUUGUUUUCAGUAUUUCUUAAAUUAUAAUUCCAGGUGGACUUUAACAAAAUGUUUUGAACUAUGACAAGUGUAGAUUUUGGGUUUUGUUGUUUGAGGCUGAAAAGAAAAAAUCUCUGUUUACAAAAACACCUGUGCCCAAUAGCCCUUAUCUGUGGUGACAAUACAAGCCAGAAUGAACUAAUUCCAGUAUUUCCACUGCAAUUCAGAGUCCAGAUUGUGAAACAAAAAAGUGAAGCAAAAUGCUAUUGAACGUGACUAACAAAAAUCUGAUGCUAUGUCAGAACUACAAAUGGCCAUAUUUCAUUUGUAUGGAAAUUUUGUGAAGUCUGAUUUCCACAAUAGCACUGAAUUCAUUAUUAUCAAGCAUUGAAAUAAGUGCACUUGAUUGCCUUAAGCAAAAGAAACAUUGGGUUCUAAUCUCACACCACUGUUGUUUUUUCUCAUUUAAAAUAAAAAUUUAAUUCUAAUUCUAUUCUCAUCUUUUAUUUUCUAUUAUUUAUUAAAAGGAAAAAUCACAUAGGAUAUAUUUAAUUCAGAGCUGUACUUCUUAGUUUUGUAUUUUGGCACAAACCAGGUGAUCAAAUUUAUUAUUCUUCACUUAGCUGAGUCCAACUGAUUCCUGAAUUUUUAUUUUUUUAAUGGAAGGUGUACAUGAAGGGGCAGACAGAGACAUGUUGAGGAUGUGUAAGAAAAUGCAAACAGAACAAUCACUGUGUUAUUUUAAUAUACAUCAAAGACUUCUGCAGUCUUGUUUACAUUCCUCACCCUUCUAAACUUCAAUGGAAUGUUGCAUUGUUUUCCAAAAUACUUGUACUGUUGUUACAUUUCCAUGCACUCUAGAAGCAAAUUCUGAAUAUAAGCUUAACAAGUUCUUUGAAAAUACAGAUUCCAAUGCAGAAUUAAGCACACUGAGAAAGAAAGUAUGAGUGCUCUGCACUUUUGCUCACAGGGACUGAGAAAUUAAAUCUUCCAAAUAUUUAACAAAAUAGGUUGAAGGAAUGCCCUAAAGAAGAAUAAACUUCAGUCACUUCUGUAUGUUAAUGUGCUUUUCAGUGAUGUCUUACACUUUUUUUAAUGAAUGGCUGAGAUUGAUAAUUUUCAUGUAAGAGUCAGAAAAGUGAGGAAUAACAAACAACAUGCAAAAAGAAAAUAAUCACCACAAAGUAGAAAGACAGAGAUGCAGGCUUUUCUUUCCUAACCAACCUGUGCCUUUACACUAGAACCAUUAUACAAGACAGGAUCAAUAUGGUCAAGAAAAAAAAUCACCCAACAACUAAAAAAUGUUGAGUAGUGUGUAUAAACUGUAUUGAGUAGGGUUCUUUCUGUUUUGUGUAAUGUUUACGACUGUUCACUUAAUGUUCCACUAGAAAAAGUGAUUUGUUAGUGUCAAGUAGAAACUUCUCUUGCAAAGAUCUAAACACUUCCUGAAAAGUAAAAUUAUUUUAGAUUUUUAUUAACAGCCAUAACACACCUUGUAGACAAAGGACCUAUUCCUGUCAUUACUUAUUAACACAAGUUUCACAUGUGCAGAACUGGAAGCAUCAAUCACUUAACUGGAAUAAUUUUUAAAUUGCUGUUACAGCAGUCUCACAAUUCACAACACUGCUGUACCAAAACUUUUACUUCUUAAAGCUCAACUUCUGUUGUGCAAAUCAUCAAACUCUGCAUGCUGCAAUAUUCUGCACCUUUUACAAGCCAAGCUAAUGCUUCCUGCUGGAGCUUCCUUUAACAUUGUAAUAUUUAAAGGGAAUCAAACACAUGUACACAUCUACAACUGGAUUGGGAAAACCCUCCCUGAAGCAUCCAUGCUGUGAGCCCACUUCACACUGAAGAUGUGGUGACAGUUCCAGUGAUCCCUGCAGUAGUUAUUAAAGCACAUCCUUUAGAUCUCACCUGUUGCUGACAAUGCCUGUGCUCACACUGACAGAUCACUUUUUUAAAUAAAGACUGUCUGCGUGUUAAAUUGUGUAAAAGCGUUUUCCUGUUACAAUUUGCUGGACCGGGUUCAAGUUUUAUUCUAAAUAUAUAAUUUUUUAAGUGUAACUAAAAGCUGUAUUUUCCAUUAAUGUGUUUCUGCGUUGACUAGCUGGCUCCUUUUUAGAAUAUUAACUGUUUUCUGUAUUUGACUUGUUGGAUACAAUAUUUGAAUUAUUUUAAAUGUGAAAUUUCCAAUUGCCAACACUGUAUAAUAAAAUAAUAAAAAAAAAUCCCC